UUCAAUGAUUCGCAUAACCUUAAAUACAUAUAUUGUUUUGAUUUGUAAUUUUGUGAAUAAAUUCGAUUCAAGUCUUUGAAGAUGACUCAGAAAAGCAUUUGGAAAUUUUACGAAGACCAUGAUUUAAAUGGCUAUACGCUAAUAAUCCCGAGUGUUGCUGUGGGUAACGUGGGACAACUCGCCUGUGACUUGCUGAUUUCCAGUUUGGAUAUGCAAAAAAUAGCAUCCAUGUACAGUCCUGCACUCAUUCCGGUGUUGGGGUAUGACCCUUAUGAUCUCAACUCCGACAAUCUUUCAAGUUGCUGCGAAGUUUACAAGUGUGUUUCAAGAAACGUUGCAGUCUUACAGCUGCGAGCACCGCUGGUUUACAAAUAUGCGCGAGAAUUUUUAGAAAACUUGGUCAAAACAUACAAAGAAAAGCAAAUAAAGGAUAUUAUUAUACUAUCAAGUAGUUUUGCACAUGAGAAAAAACAUAUUCUUACUUCGCCUUUUAGAUACAUGACCAAUGACAUUUGUUCUCAUAAGAAUGGCAUUGUUGCUUUAAAUUGGAUGGAACACGAGUCACCUGAUGGCACUUUGAAGAUAUAUGGCGGAGGAUUUGCAACACUUCUAUUUGAAAUCAGUUCAGAAAAUGGGAUGCCAUGUCUAAUAUUAUACAAGUACUGCUCAGAAGGAGACAACAUUCCAGAUGCUUAUGAUAUGAUUAAUUAUUUAACAGAUAUUGUGCCUCUAUUCAAGGAUAAAAGUGAUCUCUUGUCACAGCUUGUGCAACCUGUCUCAUGGAAGCUGCUGUUUGGCCGACCACCACCACGUGACAUUUAUUGAUUGUGGUUACCUUGUUAAUAUUUUCAAAAUUACAUGUCUUUUUUAAAUAAAAUGUUGUGUGGAUUAUGUUACUAGUAAACACUCAUGAUCUAGGUAA